AUGGAUGCAGAUGAUAAUUCCGGCAACGAAACAAAUGAGAUAGCAGAAUCCAGUGACGACAUGCUACUCAAAAAUUUUUUGAAAACAAUAGACAUGUCUUCAAUUUUUGUAUAUUUAAAAGAAUCCCAAGUAACGUUUAGGAGCUUGCGCUAUUUAAAGAAAGAGGAUCUGAAGGAAGCAGUGCCACCAUUAGGGCUACGAGUGGAGUUUCGAGAAAAACUCUUAGCUUGGAAGAAAAAGGAGUUUGGGGUGGAUGAUGAAACAAUGUCAGUGCCGUCAAAAGUGGAAGAGUGGCUGAAAAACAAUGACAUUAUUACCACCACUCCGGUGUCGAAAGUCGGCCGAUGUUUAUCACAGGAUUUGAAGACAAUAUUAAACCAGACUUCGAAAGGGAAAGCAGUCCUAGAUUAUUCUAAAAGGAAUCAUAAAUUAACGUGUGAGCAAAGAGACGAUUUAAUUAAUAUAAUAAUAGAAGAAAUUUUUAGCAAAGACGUUGUGUUAUGUACACAAGAUUUUAAACGUUUGUUGGAUGAUAUUUGUUCUGUUUUUCCAUUUGAAAAGGCUAUGAAGGAUUACUAUUACAUUUCAAGAGAAGGAAAGAAUAAUGCAAGUGGAAAACUUUAUUCAAAAUACAGAAGCAAGAACCUAAAAAGAAGAAGACUCUUGGACUCAUUACCAACUUCAAGCAACGCUGAAAGCACUGGGUCGUUGCAAUCUGCUGAGAAAGAAUCUGUUGAAAUUGAUGAAUCAAUUGCUGUUGCAUUAAAAACUUCAUUAUUAAGAGACUGUGCUAAUUGGGAUGCGGUAUGUGAAAAGUGGAAAAGAACUUUCCAUAUGCGCCAAAAAGAAUUAAAGAAAUUUAACAGCCAUGAGUUUCUUCAGGAAUGGCCUAAAUUAUCAGAUUCAAGGGCUCCAGAAUUGAUUAAUAUUGAUUUUGAUAUUAUGUACCCAUCAAAAGGACAUCUUCUACAUUCCAAAUGGGAUAAAUUUAAGGAUAAGGUUCGUAACUUUUAUGCAAAUAACAUCCAUAACGAAUAUUGCAAGCAACUUUCAUCGGCGACAAAUAUAGAUACACAAGACUAUAUAUAUACUAUAUUGCUUAACGCUGUAUUACCAUCACCAGCUAGAUUUGAAUGCGGAAGUGGAAAACGUAAUAAGAAAGUAACGAUAGUGGAUUCACAGGAGAGUUUCGUUUUGCGUUUGCCGACUAUCAAUGAUUAUAAACGUCAAAUUGAUGCAGCCGUGGAAAAAUACUAUUGUGCUGGUUUGACAAUACAGCCAUUUAUAAUUGUAGAAGGUUUGUCUGAUAUAGAUAUAAAAGGUUUUUAUAUAUUUUUUAAUAACAAUUUGCUUAAACUCAAUUCAUUUAUUGAAUGCUUGGAUACAUGUUUUAAAAUUUUUCAAACGUUAUCUUUAAAAUAUCCAGAAGCAUGCCAACUUCCAUGGAUUUUUAUUCAAAAGUUUUUCUAUGAAAUUAAUUUAGUAUACGAUUUAAAGUCAGUUAACAUAACAUCUCUCUUUAAUUUCUGUGGCAGUAAUUAA